AUGGCUCCCCCAAAACAUGUCGCGGAGGUGCCGAGAAGCAUUCUCCCCCGUUUAACUUGGAAUAGUUCAUCCUCUCGCCCUUCUAUCCCACCCUCCCAUUGUCCUGCUUUCGCAAACCGGCAGAGCCAACGAUACCUCCAAGGCUGGAGCCCUCUGAGCCAGCAAAUUCAGACCCAAAACACGCAGCACCAGACUUCUCGAGCAUUCUCCACUGCUCUUCGCAGCUAUCAGUUCUCGUCCCCUCUCCCUCGACGAUCCUCCACCUCCACUGCGCCCCUCCCGUCUUCCGAGUCGCCCGCGAGUCCUAUUCGACAUAAUGGCGUUUACGUUGCAACAUUCAAACCCGCCCAGCGUGCUUUUCAUGCGACUCCAUCGCGACCUCGAGAUCAUCAUUUUGACACCUUAAAAUUUGUGAGACGGCUUCAGGCCGAGGGAUUCAGCGAGGAACAAUCCGUUGCCAUGAUGCGUGUUUUGAAUGAUAUCAUCCAAGAGUCGAUUCAGAACCUCACACGCACCAUGGUUUUGCGAGAAGAUUCCGAGCGAUCGACAUAUACACAAAAAGUCGACUUCGCCAAGUUACGCUCCGAACUUUUGAAUGCCGAUUCAACCGAGGCCCAGUUGACUCGUUCCUCGCACGAGAAAAUUGCUGCUGACCUUGCCAAGCUGAACUCGCGUCUCCGCGACGAAAUUGGGCGCACCCAGGCCUCGGUCCGCCUGGAUCUGAACCUCGAGAAAGGUCGCAUUCGCGAGGAGGCCAACGGCCAGGAAAUGCGAAUCAAGGAGACCGAGACCCGUAUCGAACAGGAAGUUGCGGGCUUGCGAGAACGGGUGGAGGCUGUGAAGUUCUCGACCUUGCAGUGGCUAAUGGGUGUCUGUACUGGUACCGCUGCCCUGAUUCUUGGUGCCUGGAGAUUGUUUAUGUGA